CUUUACAGUUGCACGAGUCUGUCGUGCGUUCUCCUCCUCUCGUCGUUGCUUCACUUAGCUGAUCAUGGCUGAUUGCCGCAAUCGCUCACUCGUGCUCAAGAGCUUGCCUCCGUCGACGCGCGAUCUCCGCGUAAGUGGCUUGACCCAGAUACCCGAUACUGCACUGGUGUGAUCCGGCAUGGCCGUGCGGAUUGCAGUUGCAGCCUGCAUGCUGGGGGCGCUGGCGGAGGGCAUUGCCAGGCACGAGACGCCGAAGUGCUAUGACACCGUCGAGGGGGAGCCCUGCUGGAAGGCUAUCCAGUGGGCCCAGAAGAAGGGCAUGUGGAAGAACCCCGAGUGGUAUGUAGAAGUCCAGAAUCCGCUUGACGAGGCCGAGAUGCAGAACUUCUUCUUCAAGCAGCGCAAGCACGACUGCAUGAGGCCCUGCAGGCUUGCGUCCACCACCUCGGCGCCUGGAGCCGAGGAGAAGGACGGCAAGAAGGACUGGAAGUCGUACUUCAAGUGAGCGGCCACGGUCACGCUCGGCAGACUGCCCACUCUCAGCUCUAGAUUUGGAGGGCCCGCAUCGCCUGCCUCACCCUGCCGAGGUGCAACACACAAACACG